CUCAGUUUGGAGCGGCGUCGAAAAACGAACGGUUGUGCAUUAAGCAUCAGACCAGCAGCAGUUGAGGAGCAAGACCCAUUUUAGAAUUUGUAAUUUGUGUGUGUGCGUAGUAUAGAAAUAUGUAUCACCUGAAGAGUUUGGCCCGCCAGGGUGCCAUGCGUCAGCAAGAGCUGACUGCUUUGGCUAAGGCUUUGCCCACAGCUGUGCUCCAGACGCGCAACUAUCAAAUUCCCGAUCGUCUAAAGGAUGUGCCCACUGCCAAGGAUCCCCGUUUCUUUGACAUGGUUGAGUACUUCUUCCACCGUGGUUGCCAGAUUUCCGAAGAUCGUCUGAUCGAGGAAAUGAAGGGCAAGGAUUCUCUGGAUGCCAAGAAGCAGAAAGUGAAGGGUAUUCUUAUGCUUAUGCAACCUUGCGACCACAUCAUCGAGAUUGCCUUCCCAUUGCGUCGCGAUGCUGGCAACUAUGAAAUGAUUACUGGUUACCGUGCCCAGCACAGCACCCACAGGAUCCCAACAAAGGGCGGCAUUCGCUUCUCAUUGGAUGUGUCUCGCGAUGAGGUCAAAGCCCUGUCUGCGCUGAUGACCUUCAAGUGUGCUUGCGUCGAUGUGCCAUUCGGUGGUGCCAAGGCCGGUCUGAAGAUCAACCCCAAGGAGUACUCCGAACAUGAGUUGGAGAAGAUCACCCGCCGCUUCACCCUUGAGUUGGCCAAGAAGGGCUUCAUUGGCCCCGGCGUGGAUGUGCCUGCCCCCGAUAUGGGCACUGGCGAGCGUGAAAUGUCCUGGAUUGCCGAUACUUAUGCCAAGACCAUUGGCCACAAUGACAUCAAUGCCCAUGCCUGCGUUACUGGCAAGCCCAUCAACCAGGGUGGUAUUCACGGUCGUGUGUCCGCCACCGGACGCGGUGUCUUCCACGGUCUGGAGAACUUCAUCAACGAGGCUAACUACAUGAGCAUGAUUGGCACCACUCCCGGCUGGGGCGGUAAGACCUUCAUUGUGCAGGGCUUCGGUAAUGUGGGUCUGCACACCACCCGCUAUCUGACCCGCGCCGGUGCCACCUGCAUUGGUGUCAUUGAGCACGACGGUACUCUGUACAACCCAGAGGGCAUUGACCCUAAGCAGCUGGAGGACUACAAGAACGAGCACGGCACCAUUGUUGGUUACCCCAAUGCCAAGCCCUACGAGGGUGAGAACUUGAUGUUCGAGCCAUGCGACAUUUUCAUUCCAGCCGCCGUCGAGAAGGUUAUCAACAGCGAGAAUGCCAACAGAAUCCAAUGCAAGAUCAUUGCUGAGGCUGCCAACGGUCCCACUACACCCGCUGCCGAUAAGAUUCUGAUUGAUCGCAAGAUUCUGGUCAUUCCCGAUCUGUAUAUCAAUGCUGGUGGUGUCACAGUCUCCUUCUUCGAAUGGCUCAAGAACUUGAACCAUGUGUCCUAUGGUCGCCUGACCUUCAAGUAUGAGCGCGAGUCCAACUAUCAUCUGCUCGACUCAGUCCAACAGUCAAUUGAAAGAAUUAUUAACGACGAAUCCGUGCAAGAAUCCCUGGAGCGUCGUUUCGGACGUGUUGGCGGUCGCAUUCCCGUCACUCCCUCUGAGUCGUUCCAGAAGCGCAUCUCUGGCGCUUCCGAGAAGGAUAUUGUGCACUCCGGCUUGGACUACACUAUGGAACGUUCAGCUCGUGCCAUCAUGAAGACCGCAAUGAAAUAUAACCUGGGUCUGGAUCUGAGAACCGCCGCCUAUGUCAACUCCAUUGAGAAGAUCUUCACCACAUACCGUGACGCCGGUUUGGCCUUCUAAGCGCAGCAGCUGUCGCUGCAGCUAAAACUUAACUAGCUUAACUGAUUGAGAACU